UUUGAACAUUCCACUUUGUUUUCCCAUUACUAUUAAUAAUUUACGUUUUCCCAGACAUCAUUGAUUUUGUACCCAUAAAAGAAUUCUCCUUUUCUUCUCUUCCCCCCCCCCUCCAUAUAUUUUGGAAUGCUACUUUACUUCUUCAUCAGUUGUUUUCCCUUCAUUUUCUUUUUAAAGUCCUUAGCUUUGAAAUCACUCCCACCAUGGGCAACUGAGGUGAGAUUGUUGUCUAGCUGGUUUUGGAAAGACGUUUCCAUUUUCCCCAGUUCCAGGUUGAUCAAAACGUUCUUGGUUUUGGUCUUGGGUUUUUCACUAAUCCCUUCGGAAUUGUCUCUCAAAAAGAUAUCUUUCACUUCAAAAGUUGAUAACUUUGAGGAGGUUGAAGAAAGUGCCAUGUCAGUUCUGGACCUACCAGAUUUGGUCUUGGAAUGCAUUCUCGAGCGGCUACCACCGGCUGCUCUUUCUAGCAUGGCGGGUGUUUGCAGCUCUUUAAGAAGUAGGUGUAUCAGUGACCAUCUCUGGGAAAAACACAUGAAAAACAAGUGGGGUAGAAUUAUUGGUCCUGCUGCUUAUAGAGAGUGGCAAUGGCAUAUUGCUUUAAAAACAAGAAAGGAUUCAAGUCAACUGAAACAGGGGAAACCGAAAGGUUUGAUGAGGAUUUUAUCAAUUGUUAGGUCAUCUUGGUGGAUUCAGUCAAAGGUUGAUGAUAGUAGUAAGCAGUGUUCUUUGCCGGAUGACUCAAUUAUGUCCUGGUUUCUUGCUCUUGAAACCGGCAGGUUCUGGUUCCCUGCUCAGGUCUAUAACCGUGAGAAUGGCCAUGUUGGGUUCAUGUUGUCAUGUUAUGAUGCAGAACUGAGUUAUGAACCCCGUACUGAUACCUUCCUAGCCAGGUACCCUCCACAUGGAAGGAGGGCAGCUGCCAUAGAGAAAAACGUGCCUUGGGAAAGGCUCCGAGCGCCGCCUUUCGACACUUCACCACAUGAUCUUCAUAUUUCCGAUUGUUUGAAUGAGCUACACCCUGGUGAUAACAUUGAGAUUCAGUGGAGAAGAAAAGAAUUCCCAUAUGGUUGGUGGUAUGGUGUAGUUGGUCACUUAGAAUCAUGUGCAGGGUAUGAAAAUUAUUGCCGAUGCCAUAAUAGUAACACAGUGGUGUUGGAGUUCAAUCACUACACCCCUGGCUCAAGGUGGGGGCGCACGACAGUUCAUCGGAAAGAACAUCGAGAGGAAGGAAACGAGGCAGAUGGAUUUUAUGGUGGAAUCAGAAAACUUUGUAAGGAAGAGGAUAUUUCGAUAUGGAAACGCCUUUGGCCGUCCGAAAUCUGGAAUAGCUAGCGUUAUAUAUAAAAA